GUCAUAGUUACUACAUUCCAGUUUUACAAUUUCCAUUUUGUUCGGAUUUUCUGGUUAGCCUAGCUACAUGGAUAUCUUUAAAUUAAGAUUAAAUAAAUUGGUUCUUUAUUGAUUUGUAUAAGAUUUAUAAGAAGAUUAUCUGUACAAGAUGAUGCUGUCAAGGCAGAAGCCGGCCACUGGGCCAGGCAGUACAACACCCACUUCACAAGAAAGCAAGAAGAAGAAAAAGAUGCCCACUCUUGAUGAAUUCCUGCAGCUGAGGGACUAUACGGGAGCUAUUACUCUCCUAGAGUUCACUAGGAGUAGCGGUAAGGGGAAUGAGGAGCAAGAUUCCUGGAUAGCUUACUGUGCAUUCCACUUGGGUGACUACAAAAGAGCCAUGGAAGAGUAUGAGAGACUGACCAGAAAAGAAGCAUGUAACCCAGACCUGUGGUCCAAUCUUGGCUGCUGUUACUUCUUCCUUGGGAUGUAUGACGAGGCUGAUAAAGCAGCUUCAAAAGCUCCAAAAAGCAGCUUACAGAACAGACUGCAAUUCCAUUUAUCACAAAAGUUCAAUGAUGAGAAGCGAUUGAUGGGUUACCACCAAGAACUUCAAGACAAGAUUGAAGAUCAGCUAAGCUUGGCAUCAAUCCACUAUCUCCGUAGCCACUACCAAGAAGCGAUAGACAUCUACAAGAGAAUAUUACUGGACAAUAGGGACUCGCUUGCAUUGAAUGUAUACGUAGCACUUUGUUACUACAAGUUGGACUACUAUGAUGUGUCUCAGGAGGUUCUUGCAGUUUACUUGCAGAACUUCGCUGACAGUGCUGUGGCACUGAACCUCAAGGCUUGCAAUCAUUUCAGACUCUACAACGGUAAAGCAGCAGAGGCUGAGCUGAAGAACUUACAAGACCUUGCAUCACCUUCAUUUGCAUAUGCUCAAGAUCUCAUCAAGCACAACCUGGUGGUUUUUCGUGGAGGAGAGGGUGCACUUCAGAUUUUACCACCACUGAUUGAUGUGAUUCCGGAAGCAAGAUUAAAUCUCGUAAUCUAUCAUCUACGACAAGACGAUGUGAAUGAGGCUUAUGCACUGAUAAAGGACGUUGAGCCAACGACACCGCAGGAGUACAUCUUGAAAGGUGUAGUCAACGCCACUCUGGGUCAGGACACACAAUCUAGAGAACAUUUGAAAAUUGCUCAGCAAUACUUUCAACUAGUUGGGGGCUCUGCAAGUGAAUGUGACACAAUACCUGGUCGUCAGUGCAUGGCAUCAUGUUUUUUUCUCCUGAAGCAAUUUGAAGAUGUCUUGAUUUAUCUGAACUCAGUCAAGAGUUACUUUUAUAAUGAUGAUAGUUUCAACUUCAACUAUGCACAAGCUAAAGCUACAGCAGGCAACUACAAAGAAGCGGAAGAGAUUUUUCUGCUAAUUCAGAAUGAAAAGAUUAAAAAGGACUACACAUAUUUGAGCUGGCUUGCGAGAUGCUACAUAAUGAACCGUAAAGCUCGACUAGCAUGGGAGCUGUACCUGAAGAUGGAGACGUCUGGUGAAUCAUUUAGUCUUCUGCAGCUGAUUGGAAAUGAUUGUUACAAGAUGGGCCAGUUUUAUUACGCUGCCAAGGCAUUUGAUACGUUAGAGAGACUUGAUCCAAACCCUGAAUACUGGGAAGGUAAACGAGGAGCCUGCGUCGGUGUGUUUCAACAGAUUAUAGCCGGCCAUGAACCAAGAGAAACUCUCAGAGACAUUCUGCAAAUCUUAAGAAACACUGGAAAUCCUCAAGUUGAGUACAUCAUCCGAGCCAUGAAGAAGUGGGCAAAAGAUAACCAUGUUCCAAUUAGCUAGUUGUGAUGUUAAAGUACAUUACAACUAUGUGGACUACUAGAUGCUGUGUAAGGGAUUCAGUUGGAAACUUGCCUGCAAAAUACCUACUUGAUUUUAGAUGACAUUUUGACCUAUACUGCUUUCAAUAAUCCUUGUUAGGAGUUUUACUAUAAUUUGCUAUGGAUUGCUUCUUUUUUUCUAAUUUUGCAAAACAAUUAUAAUAAUAAUACUCAAACAUUUAUAAGGCGCCAAUUCCAAGAAUGAUCAAAGGCGUGAGCAUUAUUACCCCUGGUUACUAGAUAACGUACAAUGGCAAACCAGCACAAAGUGCAACUUCCUCUGCUCCCUAGGGAGUAUCCCUAGGCGUUAGCGCAUGAAACUAUGAACAUUCAAUGCCACAACAUCCAACCAGGUACCCAUUUAUACUCCUGGGUAGAGAGAGGCAAACGUAGAUAAAGUGCCUUGCCCAAGGAC